AUGAAAUUAGGCUUCAGCAUAUGAAAAGAAAAAGCGGAAGAAACGUAAGUAAAACGUAAAUAAAAUAAGACGGAAAUAAUAAAAAAAUCACGCCAAAAGCCCUUGCCAUCUUCCUCCUCCUCCUCACUCAAAAUCAAACACCUUGUGUCACUCAUCAAACAAAAUCUCCUACAUGGAUUUCACACUCCCGUACAAAAAUUUCUUAUCCAAAUCAUAGCAAAAAUAUGGUAAAAGACCCGAAUCAAACAACCACCGCCAUGUUUAUCACCCGAUGGUUCUCCGAUCUCGACUGGCGGCUCCUCUUUUUAGUAGUCCCUCCUCUUUCCCUCCUCAUUUUUCUCUCCGUCUCUUCAAUUCCGCCCAUUAACCCAUUCUCUUCCUUCCCGCCUCUCGCUUCUUUUUUCUUCAACAGAACAACCAUCUCCUCCACCGCCGCCGCAAAUUUAACGGGUUUGAAUCGGACGGUACCGAUCAGGCCGUGGAAGAAAGAUGAGUUAGUCCGGUCGAGAAUAGCGGUUUGUUUGGUGGGUGGGGCCAGGAGGUUCGAGUUAACGGGUCCGUCUAUUGUGGAGAAUAUUCUCAAUGUGUAUCCUAACUCGGACCUGUUUUUGCAUAGUCCGUUAGACGAUAAUUCUUUUAAAUUCUCUCUGUUAAAGAUCGCUCCGAAGAUUGCUUCUGUUAGAAUCUUUCACCCUAAUCCCAUCCCGGAAACUGAGUCGCAGGUCCGAGUUCUCACCGCCGCUAACUCACCUAACGGCAUCCAGGGGCUAUUGCAGUACUUUAACCUAGUACAAGGAUGUCUUACAUUAAUUGACGACUACCAAAAGCAACACAACUUCACUUAUGACUGGAUAGUCCGUACCCGUGUAGAUGGGUACUGGAAUGCACCACUCGACCCAAAUAACUUCAUCCCGGGUCAGUAUUUAGUCCCACCAGGCUCUACCUAUGGCGGCCUUAACGACCGUCUUGGCAUUGGAGAUUACAAUGCUUCAGCCAUAGCCCUUGCACGUCUGUCUCUCAUCCCCAAACUCGACUCUUCCGGGUUUCGAAUGUUAAACUCGGAAACCUCCUUCAGAGCCCAACUCACUACCCACGGUGUACCUUCUGUGACUAAACGUCUCCCAUUUUGCAUUGUCUCGGAUCGGAAAUACGGGUUCCCGCCAAACCGCUAUGGGGUACCGGUUGCAGCGAUGUCUAGUUCCGGUCCUUUAAGUGGGGCCAAGUGCAGACCGUGCACGCCUGUGUGUGAAGGGAAGUGUGUUGGGGAAAUAAUGCAUUGGCUUGAUAAGGGGUGGAGUUGGACUGAUUGGGAAAAUGGGACUCUAAAGCUGUGCGAUGCUCGUGAAAAUUGGGAGGAAGGUUGGGAGAAGAUUUUUGAUAAGGUUGGCGGGGAGCAACGCUCCGCCGCGAGGAAGCGGAUUCGGGGGUUGAAGUGGAAGCAAUGCGUGAAUGAUUUUAAUGAAAUGAAGAAGCGGACGUUCAAGUGGGACAGUCCUCCCAUAGAGGAAUUGUGUAGUAUGGGUGUUAAGAAGAAUUAAUAAGAUACUACAAUUUUUCUUAUACAAGUAGAUGGGACCAUGUAAAUGUUUACAUUUCGAGUUCACAGAAAAAAUAUUUAGUUUAAAACAAUGUAGUUCUAGUUAUAUUGGCACUAGGGUUGUGAUCAUGAAAAUAGCGCUUUUAAUUGUUUUGAUUUUAGAUAUAUGAAAAUAAUUAAUUCAAUUUAUUGCAAAA